GCCGGAGCGGAGGCAGCGGAGCAGUGGAGCACGUGCGUGCAUUCGCAGCCUUCUUUCUGCCACUUGCCACUUGCCACCACUCUCUGCUGGAACACGGUCAAACACUGCCAGUUUAAUAAGUCCAAAUUCUUAUAUGGAACGUAUACGAUCUGAGCGUGCAACGUUGAAGCAACUAAUUUAGAAGAACUUCUGCAUGCAAAGGAGCUUCUGGUGAAAUUCACGUUUCGCUACGACCUGUAUAUGAUGAUCCGAGGUUUCAGUCAAUUAUCGAGAAACGCGCUUUCCGGCGGACUCUCCAAUCUUUUAUUGAACGGAGCUCUCAGAACAAUGUCGGGAAAAUCGACCGUGAGGAUCGGCACGCACGACGGAACCUUUCAUUGCGAUGAAGUCCUCGCCUGCACACUCUUAAAACUGCUACCGCAAUACAAGGAUGCAUCUAUAGUAAGAUCUCGGAAUCAGAGUGUCUUAGAUACCUGUGACAUCGUGGUGGACGUUGGCGGAGAGUAUGAUCCUUCUAGACAUCGAUACGAUCAUCACAUGAGAGAAUUCCAGGAGUCGAUGAGUACCGUUAUAAAGAAACCAGGGUACGAUUGGACAAUAAAACUAAGCAGUGCUGGACUGAUCUACUGCCAUUUUGGUCAUGAGAUAUUGAGGAUUGUACUUUCGGACGUAACAGAGGACAAAGUCAUUGAUGAAAUCUUUAGGAAGAUUUAUGACACGUUAAUCCAGGAAAUCGACGCUAUAGAUAACGGUGUGCCGAUGUACGACGCAGAGCCAUUGUAUCGAAUAGUCACCAAUUUAAGCGCGCGCGUAAACAGACUUAAUCCUCAGUGGAACAGUCAAGAUGUGAAUAUAGAAAAACAAUUUGAGAAAGCCAUGGCUUUGGUUCUGGAGGAAUUUUUGGAAUUUGUACAAUACACGAAAAACGUUUGGUUACCGGCAAGGGACAUCGUGCGACGCGCUGUGGAGAGUCGAUUCGAAGUCGAUCCAAGCGGAGAAAUAAUAAUGUUGUCGAAGUUUGUACCGUGGAAAGAACAUUUGUUUCAACUGGAAAAGGAGAUGAACGUGUCGCCAUCAAUAAAGUACGCCAUUUUUGAGGGUGAUAACGCUUAUCGGGUUCAGUGUAUGCCGGUAGCGGAAGGAAGUUUCGUGUGCAGAAUGUUCUUGCCGGAAGCGUGGGGCGGUUUGCGCACUGAUGCCCUUGUGGAAGCCUGUGGAAUUGAAGGUGCCAUAUUCGUGCAUUCCGUUCGAUUCAUCGGUGGUCACAAAACCAAAGACGGCGCGGUCGCCAUGGCGCGAAAAGCGCUCGAGAUCGGGAAGGCCGUGCAGUGUGUAGAAUGACAAUGUCUAGACCGCUCAUCUUUUUCAGAAUUUUUGUAAUGGUUAUUGAAUAAUUUUUAGAAAGCAUUUCUUGUUAUUAAGAGUUGCAUGGUGCAACUCGAUCGUGUACAUUUUGUUCUGUUUAAAGACUCCGAUCAUUUAAAACUCAUUGAAUCCCACGCAAUAUAAAAUAAAUCAUUUUAUCUUAUCAAUUGUCAUGCAUCGAAUACUUUCGAAUAUAUUCAAUAAAGUUAAACCAAACUGCA